AUGGUAUCGACAGAAAAUGAAGAGGUUCAACUUCUAGAGAAAGCAGACUUGAGAUUUGUCCUUGCAGCGUCAGAAGAGGCAUUGGAACAGAGUCUAGAUAUAUUCUUUCCAGCAGUGCUGCUCAAACUGUCAUCUGAACAUGCUUCAGUGCGUCAAGUGGUAUUUCAAGUUGUGAAGAAUGUGAUGGGUCGCAUUAGUUCAUUGAAAAGUGUAAAAUUGCCAACUGCCAAGCUCAUCGCUCAAGCAAAAGAGAAGUCAGGCAAUUCGCUUGCUGUUGGACAGUAUAGCCUUCUCUUUGCCUCAAAAGGUGUAGAGCGUAUGGAAAUUGAGGAAAAGCGGGUACUGGUGCCUGACGUAAUCUCAAGCUUUUCGUUUCUUCCUGAGUCUCUCAAACCACGCAUGUUCAAUAUUCUCUGCAAGCUACUUUUGAGUUGGAAAGGACCACCAAAGAACGCGGCGGAGGAGAAAAGUACUCUCGAGUUACUAGACGUGGGUUCAGUGGAAGACAAACAAUAUUUGCUAGAAAAAUUCACCUUAUUCUUUUUCCUGAAUCCGCUCCAGGCUGACCCACACGCUAAUGUCAUUCCUCGUGGUUAUAGCUGUCCUGGACUCAAUGUUUCGGAGGUUGAGUUUUUUACUUACAACGCGGGAGUGGCUUUCAACAAAGAGCAUCUGCUGAACUACAAAGAGGCCAUUUUUCGAUUUGUUGUCAGUGGCUUUCUUCCUCAAGACCAGCUGGCCGAAUUUUUAACUGUGGUUUCUACCGAUACUUCUGACCUAUCCAAUCAGGCUAUCGGUGUUUUGAAGCGAGUUCACAUCCCUUACGAAGACGAGCGAUUCAUCGCCAGGCUGUUAAGUCUUUACAUUGGCGAUAAAGCUUCGGGCAGGCCCCCUGUUACGUCUAUUCUGCAGGAGAAAAUACUUUCUAUUCUGACGUUGAGUACCUUGGCCACAAAGGACUUUAAAUCAGUUAGUGUGGUAUCAUCAAUUGGAUUAAACUCAUCACUUUUUAAGCUACGCUCUACCUCAUUGAAUUUUAUUCAACAUGUCGCCAAAUAUAAUCAUGCUGCGCUAGCGGCUCAAGAUACUUCUUCCGAUUUCUCAACAAACAUUGCAUCGCAGAUUCGUAACAAUCUGCACAAUGAAGGGUGGCCCCUGUACCAGCUGAAUUCAUCAGUGCCCAACUUUGCUCAAAGUCUCGAACAAAGGCGGAAGCAAUAUGAAACAUUGGGAGUUAUACUGAAGCAAGAUAAGACUUAUAUUCGAGAUCUGUCUUUCGUGGAAUUUCUCCUCGACUCAUUAAGAGGUGAUUUGAGCGUUUUCAGGGUUACUAUUCAGGACGCCUUGGCAUCUCUUAGUCCACUGAUGAAAUCGCUUUCCAUUGAAAUGAAGAGAACGCUCAAGAAAGCAGCCAUGAAAAUACUAAAUGAUAACUUUGACGUGUAUCAUGGCAACCCAGAUGGUAAAGAAGCGCUUAUGUGCUGCAGAAAUGUUAUGAUCAAAUUUAUCAAUUCCACAUUUCCUUUUGAAGAUUCCGAGGCAAGGCUCCUUAAUGUGUUGGGUACGUGGAAGGAUAAUCGGCUCGAUGUAAAAGAGGAAUCCUAUAAAGGUCUGCACCCUUACUGGUUCAGAGUUGCCCAAUCCUACGAUGCUCAGCAUUCCAGGUCAUCUCCUUCAAAGGCACAUGGCAACGAUGAAGAAGUUCUUUUCCCCAACGCGGAGGAAUUGGUUCGUGCUUUUGUCUCCAAGCUGAAGAAUUCCGAUUCUCAAAGCGUUGAUGCAGUCAAUCAAACACUAUGCGAAGCUGUCGGAUUCAUAUUCAGGAGCGUAGUGAGUCGGGGAACAUCGAAAGAACGGAGAUUUGCAUUAGCACAAGAUGAGCAUUGGCUGGUUCGAGUUGAAAACUCUUUGCAAUUUGAUGGAGAUGUAAAGUCUUUGGUCAAGAAUGAAAUUGCAGCAACCAGCGAGGAAGUUCUCCUCAGUUUUUUGACAAUUAUGAUAGAAGAAUUGAUUGAUGAGAACAGCGCAACACAUGAGCUUCAAACAAAUAGCAAUGCGCUUCACUAUGGUGCACUGGUCAUUUUCUUUGCGGACUAUGCCACGAGAAGCAUUAUCGGGCAGCUACGUGAAUUGGUUCCCAGUGUUCACAAAGCUUUAGAAAGACAUGAAUCAUUCUCGGAAGAAGAUACAGUUUAUAUUGCGAGAUUAUUUGGUAUUCUCUUUUCUGUUUCCCCUAAUGAUGACGAGGUAUCCAGUUUGUUGAAAAGUACUGACUUAUCAGUAGAAUCCAAGACAAUUGUUUCUGCGCUAUAUUCUGCAAGCUACUCUGUUCCUCUAAGCGCCUUGCACGGAACCACUUUGGACCACAAACAGCUUUCUAGCUACAUUGAGAAACUCAAAGAAGCCGCGAGAAAGUCCAAUCUUCAGGCUGUCGCAAUGAUAGGUUUUAAUCCUUUGUUGAAAUAUGGUCUUCUAAGAUCAUUGGAAGAAUCAACAAGACACUCUACACUCGAAGAGCUUUCGACACUAUUUCAAAAAAAUCUUUUGAAGAGUCGGGAUUCGUUGCUUCUCUGGGCGUUUUUGUCACUGUAUGCAGCCGACGCACAAAAGCUGGAUAGAUACUUCGGCGCUCUACAGAACUCGCACGAUGUCAAAGAGCUAAAUUUCCAGUUUUACACGGGUGAGGCGAUCUCGAUCAUAGCUGGGGGAUGGAAGUCUAAAGUUCUAUCGAAUGAAAGCUGCUUGGAAUUGAAAUUGGUGGCAGAUCUAACAUCGGCAUUUGACGACAGUUCUGCAGAAAAAAUCCUUCUCAAAAUAAUUGAGUUUUGCAAGACAACCAGGCCUUCCCUGCGUAAAGCAGCCUGUGUUUGGCUGCUUUGUUUCGUGCAAUACCUGGGAGAUGCAGCUGCUGUGCUCACCAAUGCAGAGGACAUACACCUAUGCUUUGUUCGUUUUCUGGCGGAAACUGAUGAUAUCGUACAAGAUUCUGCUUGCAGAGGCCUUGGGCUAAUCUAUGAUUUGUGCUCAAAGGAAAAACAGGAGAAUAUGCUAAGAGGCCUAUUAAAAUCUUUUGUUGAUCCCAAAGCCACGACAGGCAUAGUUCCAGGUACAAUUAAUUCCGACACUCAACUGUUUGAGCCAGGAACUCUUAACACCAAUGAGGGAUCGUUGACAACAUACAAGGAUAUUUUGAAUUUGGCCAGCGAAGCUGGUGAUCCUUCGAUGGUCUAUAAGUUUAUGCCUCUAGCAAAAAGCUCGGCGCUGUGGUCAUCCAGAAAAGGGAUGGCUUUCGGCCUCACGUCAAUGUUUUCGAAGAUUUCCCUCGAAGACCUUCUUUUGUCGAACAGAACUUCCGCCGAAAAGUUUAUUCCUCUUCUUUAUAGGUAUCGCUUUGACCCCUUUCGAAACGUUGCGGAUGCAAUGAACGGGAUCUGGCAAACCUUGAUUAGAAGCACCGCUGAGACCGUUAGUACCUUCUACGACCUUAUAAUGGACGAGGUCCUUAAGGGAAUGGGUGCCAAGGAUUGGAGAGUAAGGGAAGCUAGCUCAUAUGCUUUGGUGGACCUUCUAAACUUUGGCAGUGACAGUUCAUAUUGUGAGAAUCUUGAGGCAAUCUGGACCAUGGCUUUUAGAGUGAUGGACGAUGUCAAGGAAAGUGUGCGGUCUGCUGCUAUCAAGCUAACUAAAGUUCUCUCUUCAUCUUUGUUACGUGUUGCCAAAAAACUUGCGAAUCAAACUAAUUCACAAGAAACACUGGGAAAGAUCAUAUCGCUAUUUUUGGGCUCAAAGGGCUUAAACAGUGAUGCCGAAGAAGUGAAAAGCGUUGCAUUAGAGACCUUAGUGAGGCUUAUCAGGGAAGCCGGUGACACUCUCAGAAGUUUUGCGCCUUCGCUGACCUACGAAUUUUUGAUGAUGCAAUCGUCACUUGGACCACAAGAGAUCAAUUAUUUGACUUUGAAUGCGGAUAAGUACAACAUCAGCGCUACCUCAGUUGAUCUACAGAUAGCUUCUGCCGUUCGAAGCUCUCCGAUAAUGAUGAGCGUCGAACAACUAAUCAAUUUAUGCAGCGGCGAGCUUCUUCCUAUUGUGGUGGAAAAGAUCACGCUAGCUUCCAAAAAAUGUAUUGGACUUCCUUCCAAAAUUGGUUCUACCAAGGCAAUGGAUCUACUUGUUGCUUCGUACCCCUUGGACCUGAAGCCAUUCGGUGCCAAGCUUUUGAAGUCCUGCAUGCUAGGACUUAGCGAUAGAAACCAAGUCGUGCGCGAGGCUUACGCUACAACUUUGGGACGCGUCUGCAAGCUGUGCACGCCAGAAAGAAUCAGCAAAUACGUUGGCAAGCUUAUCAAAAGGUUUAUGGACGCUGAAAAUGAAUUUGACCGACUCGUGGUCGGUCUAGCUAUCGAAUCAAUUCACAAGUACUCAGCAUCAAUGUUUGACAGCGUGGCAUCGGCAUUUUUGCCAUUUAUCUUUGUUGCAAAGCAUAGUAGCGGUGAAGUGAUGAAAGUUUUCACCAGAAUUUGGGACGAGGUUACAUCAUCCGGUGCAGGAACUGUGCGAUUACACCUGGCUGAAAUCGUGACUUUGGCGAGCGAAAACCUCAAGUCACCUUAUUUUGACGUGAGGUUGAUGUGCGCAAAAAGUGUCUGUGAUGUCUGUACAUAUGCGUUGCCCGGUACUUCUGAGAAGCUCAUUGAGCAGCUAUGCACCGUAUUACUCAAAGCUUCGGAAGGUCGAUCAUGGCAAGGAAAAGAAGUUGUGGUAGAAUCGCUAGUGUCGCUGGCGACUAAGUUUAACGCUACUUUACUCAACAAAGAGGAGCUAAGAACAGGCAUUGAAAACCGACUCUUGACUGAGGUAGCGAGAGAAAAUCAACAAUACGUGCGCAAAGUUCUUUUGCUGAUUCUGCCAUUUGUAAAGAACCUGUCAAGCUCUGUACUGUUCGACAAAUGUCUCAGUGUUGCUCAAAAGUUAAUCACUGAUAUUGACGACAGUGGAGUCAACAUAGAGGGUGAAGAUGACGCUUUCGAUGGCAAUCAUAAGAAACAAAGAUUAACUUCAAGUAUAACUCGAAAAUCGCAGAAAGAAAACGUGCAGGGCGAGGAAUUCAAAAUCGAACUCCUAAAAAAAUGCGCCGGUGCGUAUGGAUACUCUAAAACCAAUGAUCGGUCUGCUGAACUACUGGGGGUUGUCAAAAGCGCCACUAUAGGUCUUUUUCACUCCCAGAGCAUUGUGAACACAUGGAGAAGCCAAAUAGCCGUUUCUGAAAUCGGCACCAUUGUUGCUGAACUUGCAGGAGGUGAUCCAGAUGGUGAUACCGUUCAAUUUUUGAGAGAAAUUUGGUUCAGGUCGUUUGAAGAAGCAUCUCGAGAUGAUGCUCUAGAAAGUGUCAAGAUACAGUGUACGAAGUUCGGGAAAACGCUAAUGGAAAUGAACGCUUCAUUCAGAUUUGUUGUGGAAAGCAAUCUACUUGAAAUGUUACGUUCAGACCCAACACCCCAGGUUACUGCCGCGCUACACAGUGCAGGAAUUGCCUGA